AUGGGCAGCUACGGGCCACAGAUGCCGCGAGGAUGUGAUCGGAACCAGAAUACAGCAGCGCCUGGCUCUCGGAUUGUUCAAAUGGCCAGGCAGCACAUCAUUCACUUUCAGAGGCCAAAACUGCUUGGGGGGCUGGUCCCAGAAGACCAUCAGCAAACCUCACCCUCACCCCCACUCUCCGCCGCCGGAGCCCGCUCGCCCGCAGCCUGCGGCAGGGACGCCCAGGCGCCCGUAGGUGGCGCCCCACGCCCGUGCCUGCGCUUCUCCCCCGCGCUCUGGGCGCAGCUCGGAAACCCGGCGCGUCUCCCCAGGGGAGGCGCGGGUGCGGGGCGCGGGGGACGGGGCCGGGAGGGGGCAGCGCGGAGUCCUCAGGGCGUCCGUGGCGCUUGGCUGUGCGGUCAGGAGCCCGGAGGAGAGGCCGGGGCGGAGGGGUCCGGCGGAGACCAGCAGCAGGGUGCGUGCCGCACGCGAGGGCCCCUCCGAGGCUGCGGGCCCCGGUGCGGUGCAGACCCGGUGCGGGACGCGGGGCGGAGCAGGGCGCGGUACGUACCGGUGCGAAGCGCGGGGCGGACGCGGCGCGGGUCCCGGGCGCGGCGCGGUGCACGCGGGUGCGGGGCGCGGGCCGGCGCGGGAAAGCGGCAGGGCGGGGCGGCGCGGUUAUUGGCCACGCGCGGGGAGAAGGGUCGCGCUCGGUGUCUCCUCCCGCCAGCUCCCGCUCAUCUUCUCCAAGCAGAACAACUUCGCGGACGGCGGUGCUCGCUCAUCAUGGACGUUCCAGGUCCGCUGGCGCCUUUCUUCUGAGGACGACCCUGGCCUUGACCAUCCGAGCAGGGUACCGAGACCAGAGGAGGCUCCCCGCGGCCCUGCGCGUUCCCGCGCGCCCUCCCGCUCCCCUCCUGCCCCGGCCCGCCUCCGCCCC